UUGAAAAAUUUUAUAUUAACGAAUUCAUUUGUUUGCAAAAAUAAGGAUUCCAGAAGAAAUGAAAGUUACUUUACAUUUGAAUUAUCUCAUUUCAAUACUCAUCAUCGUAUGCGAAUCAGAUGUCAACGUAUUGGAAGAGAAAGCAUCCUGGGAAUCUUGGUUCCGUAUAUCAGAUAUAUGUGUGAUAGAGAUAGAAGAAGACCAUGGUUAUCUCGCUGAAGAAUGGAUACGGCGUUGUAAACUCGGAGAUCGAAUCGUGAAUGACACUAUGUGUGAAGGACCAAACAAAUUUGUUAUUCCUUGUCAAGGAGGGGGCGAACAUGUAGUUGGGGGAGACCCUGUACUGAGUUUGAUAGAAUCACCGUGGCAAGUCUUCAUAGAACUUGACAAUGGCGCUGAUCAAUGCGGAGGUUCACUCAUAAGACAUGAUUGGAUUUUGACUGCUGCUCAUUGUUUCCAAGGGGGUAGUCAAAUUGUAACGAGAAUAACCAUGGGGACGACUAGUAAAUAUGGAAACACGGCAGACGCUGUAAAUACAACGGCAGAAAGGAUUAUUUGUCAUGAAGACUAUACGUCACGAACUUGGGAAAACGACAUAUGUCUAAUUAAGAUUCCGUGGCUGAAAUCUCGAGGAAUAUGGUCCAUUAUCGAUAUAUCACCUGAUUAUAUUGCUGAUAACAUGUCAUUUUGUCGUGUGACUGGCUGGGGAUAUGUUGAAGAUAUGACGCUACCAGAGCAGUUACAAAAAGGUAGCGUAGAAAUAAUAGACCAAAAUAUUUGUAAAGAUUGGUACAAACAAAUUGGUGAUACCAUUCCUAACCGUACAAUUUGCGCCGGAUAUGAGGCCGGCGGCAUAGACACUUGUGGAGGGGACAGUGGCGGUCCGCUUGAAUGUAAUGGAUUACUAUACGGCGUGACAAGUUUUGGACCCGAGAAAUGUGGAUCAGAAAGAUUACCCGGAGUUUACACAAAAGUUGCAGAUUUUUAUGAAUGGAUAGAGGAGGUUAUUUCUAAAUCCCUCAAAGGUUACCACUGGAGUUCAUGGGCAGAGCAAUGCAGUGUCACUUGUGGGGAAGGUGAAAUGUAUCUUAGACGAAAUUGCUUGAACGAGCAUAACGAUACCGUUGAUCCACAAAAUUGCGAUGGGAUUCAUUACGAUAUUGACAUAUGUGUUCUUCCAGAUUGCAUAGAAUACUCAUGGUCCGAUUGGAAAGGAGAGUGCAAUGCAUCGUGUGGAGAAGGAAGCGUGGAGAUGACUCGUGAAUGCCAAGAGAAAAUCAGUAAAAAACGGGAAGAACCCAUUUUAUGCGGCGAUUACCCAACAAAUAUAUAUGGCAAAUGCUUGCAUGCCAAAGAAUGCGAAGAAUAUCACUGGGAAGAGUGGAAAAGCCCUUGUGACGUGACGUGCGGAGUUGGAACUGAAUUUAUUUUAAGAGUUUGCUUCGAUCAAAAAAACAGCGAAGUGUCUCCUGAAAACUGUGGCGUGAAUUCAACACAAAUCAGAACGUGUUUGACUCCGCCAUGCAAAAUAUACGAAUGGGGAGAAUGGGAAAGUACUCACUGUGGUGUUACAUGUGGAGUCAGCUUUCAAACACGAGUAAGAUCUUGCUUCGAUGACGAUCACAACAAAGUUGACAACGCUAACUGCCCACCCGGAUUAUCGUCUGAACGAAAAUCGUGUCGCAUGCCUCCAUGUAAAGUUUAUCGUUGGGGACCAUGGAAAAAAUCUUGCAGUGUUACUUGCGGAACGGGACAACGCCGUAACAUACGCCAAUGCUUGGAUGAAAGAAAUAGCAUUGUCGAUAAAGAAUAUUGCAAGGGGAGAGAUCAGAUUACAAGACCGUGUAAACGCAAAGCAUGUCCUAUGGGAAUUUCAUACAACUGGGGUCCUUGGAGAAAUACAUGUAGUGUAACCUGUGGAGUUGGAAUAGUAACAUCCAUAAGAAACUGUUUGGACAAUAAUAAUAAAGUUGUCAUGAGCUUUUUAUGUGGCGAACAAGCGGCUACGCGGCAAGGAAGUUGUCGUUUGCUACAAUGUAAAUCAUCAAAUACAGCUUUUACUUGGAGUCCUUGGAACGUUAUUUCCGAAUGCACUGUUUCUUGUGGAGGGGGUACUGAGAUUUUGUCUAGGACAUGUCACGAUCAGAAUGGAAAUGAUGUUAGAGAUAGCCAUUGUGGAAUACAAGAUUCUUUCAAAAUUGAUGAUUGUAAUACGAACUCGUGUCAUGGAGGAGGAAGCUUCUAUGUAUGGGGUAGGUGGGAACCUUGGUCAGCAUGCCGAGUUACCCCAACGAAUUCGGAUCAAUGUGACGGUUAUCAAACAACUUUUCGAUCAUGCAUGAAUGGACGUCGUAACGUUCCACCUCAUCAAUGUAGUCAGCCACCGGAAAACUUCAAACAAAGAGCUUGUACACCUUCCGGGUGUGAGGAUUCAAUUCCAACAGUAGAAUUUCAAGAAUGGCGGAGAGAAUUUUUCGAUUCGGGAAUUGGAAGAUAAUUGUGCAGUAUAAAGUGAUCUUGGCUUGAACAAAACUCCCAAGAAAUGAUAUUACCUCCCUCCAUGUAUUGUAAAAUUUAUAAAUACACAUCUUAGCUUAGUCA